AUGAAGGGGAAGGGAUUAUUGAAUGGUCUUUUAUUUUGUGCAUUACGCUAUCGUACUUUUAUGGGAAUUCUUAUAACUGACCCUCAAUCGAAUCCGAUAAAGAGUAAUCCGGCGAGUGCCGCCGAUACGUCGGAGAUGACUCGAAUGGCGAUUUUAACGAAAACCAAAGGCAAUAAAGCGGUUCUGAAGGCAAUUCCAAUGGAAGCACCGAGUGGAUUGACAGAUGCGUGGAGUGCGGAACGGGAACGGGAACGUCGAGAGCUUUCUGAGCAUAAGCACAUAACAUUGACUAUGAAUGAGCGUAUGAUGGCAGAUGAAGGUGACUCGGAUUAA